AGGAAAUUAGUUCAGGUCCAUUUUAGUUCAGAAGAAACAUUGAAUGGACAUUGCCGGAAAAUAAGAGUUACCAAUAAAGUUAAAGUUGCAAAAUAUAUUAGUGUGGCAUCAAAUAAAUAAGUACCAGCCUUAUCGUUUUCAAGAAGUGAAGGGAAGCCUAUACUAUGUAAAUAAAUGAGUCACUUAAAUUGCCAGUCCCUUUCAAGAUAAUGAAUAAUGUUUUAAAACUCAAAGACAAUGGACAUGGUUCUGUCUUGGUCGGUCUAAAUCACUAAAAGUUAAAGUCAUUGUGGAAUAAAUAUUAAAUAAGUAUGCCUGUUUAUUGUUUAUUAAGUAUAAUAAUUAAUAAUGGGGGAAAAGAUAAAUCGGAUCGGGUAGGACUAUCCUAGUAUCAGUAUCAAUUUUCAUGACUUCUAUAAGUCAAAAUAUGAUCAAUAGUCUAUGAUUAGUUUGCUUCUAUUACUUUAUUGUAGAAGAGGCUAAUAAUAAAUCAAAAAUAUAAUCCUCAUUAAUCAUUACUUACAUAAAAUUUUUUAAAAAAUUAAUAUAAAAUUUAGUAUAAUGUAGUAUAUGAAAUAUAGGGCUAAUGCCCUAUGCCUAUACUACUUGAAGUUUGAGAAAUAUACUUAAUAGUAGUGUUUCUUUCUUAUGACUUAUGAUAAUAGUUUGACUAAAUUAAUAAAUAAUUUAGUAAAUAACAUUUAAAUUGUAUACUUAAUUUUAAUCAUGCUCCACAGUGCACAGUUGUUGUUUUUUAUUAUUAAAAAAGAAGUUGACAUUUGAUUAUUUGAUUUGAAGACAGGCUUCAAAAACUUUGUGGAAUAAAGUAACAGGAUCAUGAGCUUACUCUCUAGCCACUGGAAAUCAAUACAAAAAAUCAGUACCAUUUUCGGCAUAAAGAUCUACACACAGCAGAUAUUUAUUUCAGGUUUUAUGAAUAUUAGCCUCAAGUCUGAUAAUAAUUAUACUAUAAACAUAAGAUCAGUUGCACCGACUCGUUGUGAAAACUGUACUUCCGCAACCCAUAUAAGAAACAUGACUGACACUGUUGCCAAACCACUGUAUGAAGAUCUAAAUACAGAUGAGACGGGCAAUGUGAUACAGGAUGAAGAUCCAUCAAAUAAUUAUCAACCUUUUAGUAAAGAAGAAACUGUUAAGCCACUUUCAAAGAAAGCUUUAAAACGAGUAAGUCAUUUCUUAGAAAUUCCAUGUUAAUUUUUCAUUGUUCAUAUUAAUCAUAUUAAAUGUGUGUUCAAGUUCAGGUAAAAGAAGUUUCUUUCAACAAUCUUCAACAAUGUUUAUUUAUUCAUGUUUACUUUAUAAUUUGUUAAACAGAAGUCAAAAUGUUUCAUUUACAAAACUUAUCCUUCCUUUGUUUAAAAUCCAUUUUAAAAGGCAUUUAGUGAUAGUAAAAAAAAAAAAGGUAUAUUUGUCAUUAGAUUGCAAGGGCACAAAAGCAUAAAGAGUUAAAGAGAAAAAGGCGAGAGGAUCUCAGAUUAAAUCAAAAAGAUGAUCCUGGUUACAGUCCUGAAGACCUGUUGCAAUCUUCAUAUUACUUUGAGAAUGGUAGGUACCGUAGCUCUUGGUAAGAAUCACUAUGUACAAAAUUUGUGAAGAGGACUACAAUAAAAUGUUGUUACAGGUACUAAAAUAUCUUUUACUGCGCAAAUCACUCUUUUGUCCUAUUAUUCUGUUUUAUUUUCACAGGCCUUCGAAAAGUUUACCCCUACACUUAUAUCUUUGCUACACAUGCUAAAGGUCGUUGGGUUGGCCGCACCAUUCACAACGUUUUGGCAUCAGAGUUUGGUUUUGAUCAGCCUGGAGAUUUGGUUAGUGGUUCCAAUGUGAUAUAUUGUUUCAUUUUUUUAAAUAGAUGCUUUUUAAUUUAUGAAUAUUAAAAGAAUAUAAAUUUAUUUAUUUUGGUAGAGUUUCAAUGCAUCAGUAAAAUUCUUUACCUCUGAGUGAUAUAUCAAGUCAAAUAUUGUGAAAUGGCUAUCCAAUUUUUUAAAUAUAUACAAUCUUCACGUAGCUGCAAUAUAUGUUAUUUUUCAAUUUAUUCAAACUUUUAAUUUUUAAGUUACUUAAUAAUUGAGUGUCCUCUUUGUCAAAAUUAGAUGAAUGGGGAUGGAUCAUUAUAAGAAUAAAAUAAUUACUGUUCAUUAAUUUUCAUUAAUUCUGAGAUAAACAUGUCUUUUAAAUUUGUUUUUUUAUGAUUAGGACAAAGCUUUUGAUACUGGUAUGAUCCAUGUUAACAACAACCAGGUGGCUUCAAGCUACGUACUUAAAGACUGUGACUACAUCUCUCAUCGCACACAUAGGUUGGUACCAAGACAUUUACAAACAAAAGAAAUCUCUAAAUCUGGUGUGUCUUCUUUUCAUUAUCAUUCCUAUCAACAUCAUUUAUCAAGCACAUUUCGUCCAGCUACUACAAGCAACCCAAUUAGUAUUGAAUAAAAUUUUAACCAUAAAUGCUGCAUGUUGGAUUUUGAUUGCUUAAAGACCCAAUAUACUUCUGGUCAGCUAUACAAAUGAUAUACAUCACCUUUGUUAGUUAGUCCCUCCACUAGUAAUGUUUCAUUAUGAUACAAGGGGCAACAGAUGCACUAAAGCACGCAUCCAAUGCUACACAUGACUUAUCAUGUAGAUUUUCAGCUUUGAAAGUGUGAAUAAAUACAUAAUUAUCUGUCUAAUGGUAAAAUAAUUUUUUUUUUUUUUUUUUACUAAUUUGCAUUUUGAAAUACUUCAGGCAUGAAAACCCAGUGACAGCUGGUCCAAUCGAGAUUAUAGAGAACAAUGAUGAUGUGCUAGUUAUCAACAAACCAGCCUCCAUUCCUUGCCACCCGUGUGGGCGGUACAGAUUCAACUCUCUCGUCUUCAUCAUUGGCAAAGAAAUGGGAAUCACAAAUCUCAGAAGUGAAUAUAUACCUGUUUAAUUAAUAAACUUUGACAUUAAUCUUUUUUACAUCCAUUUAUUUAUUUCAUUUUGUUUCCCUACGAAUAAUCAGAUUACUUUAUUUUAUAUUUCUUGUAAGAGGGAGUGAAAAGAGUGUUUGUAAGAAUGAGUGAAAAAAGUGUUUGUAAGAGGGAGUGAAAAGAGUGUUUGUAAGAGGGAAUUAAAAGAUUGUUUCUAAGAGGGAGUGAAAAGAAUGUUUGUAAGAAAGAGUGAAAAGAGUGUUUUUAAGAGGGAGUGAAAAGAGUGUUUGUAAGAAGGAGUGAAAAGAAUGUUUUUAAGAGGGAGUGAAAAGAGUGUUUGUAAGAAGGAGUGAAAAGAGUGUUUGUAAGAGGGAGUGAAAAGAGUGUUUGUAAGAGGGAGUGAAAAGAGUGUUUGUAAGAGGGAGGGAAAAGAGUGUUUGUAAGAGGGAGUGAAAAGAGUGUUUUUAAGAUGGAGUGAAAAGAGUGUUUGUAAGAGGGAGUGAAAAGAGUGUUUUUAAGAGGGAGUGAAACGGGUGUUUGUAAGAAGGAGUGAAAAGGGUGUUAGUAAGAGGGAGUGAAAAGAGUGUUAAUGCCACCAUUAUGGUUUCAUUGGUUUUAUUUGCUUUAAUUUUUAUGUCAUCGAUAAUAACCGUUGAAGGCAGGGCUCCUAGGCAGCCGUUUCAUCCCAGUCACUAGCUAGUAUUUGUGAGGCUGUGUUUAUGUAGGGGCAAGGAGUGCCCAGUACAACUUAGCGAUAAAGAUUGUUAAGAUAUGAGUGGUCGGUAGCUAUGAAUCCUUUUGCAAGGUAUCAGUGAAGAUUCAUCAUAUUCACACCCAAUCAAAAUGUAGGAACAUAUUUUUUCCCAGGGGUGGCGGGGGACGACAUAGUGGUCUGCAUUAGGGAAUCCACUCCUUACUUUGUAAGGUCAAUUCUUGGGAGCUACCCCUUGGGCAUUCCUUUGGUGGUCGGAUGGUUCACGGCUAGGUAGAAACAUCCCGGGGGACUACCUCGCGGUACCCUUCCUCUGUAAAAGUUGAGAGGGUCCCGUGAGAUAGGGUUCCUGAGAGACCUCAAAGAGCUUUGUCUCAGGUCAUUUGGCACUCCAAAUGUAACAUUUUCGAAAAAAUUUCUUUCAUUUAAUUUAUUACAUAUUGUUUAUUGCAGUGGUUCUAAUUUAAAAUUUGAAAAGUUUUAAUGUGCUCUUUAUUAUUUUUUAUUUGUGUUUUGAAACAAAUAUAUCACCUAAGGGUCUAAGCUAACAUAAUAUUAGAACAGUUUGGAAAAGAUAUAUCAGCUAAGGGUCUAAGCUAACAUAUUUUUAGAACAAUGUCUUGAACUGUAACAAUAAAUAACCAUAGACAAUUCAUGAAAUGGAAAUAUUAUUUUGAAUGUUUCAAACAUCUCAUCAUCACCAACCCAGGAUAUUAUCCUUUAUAACUUGCACUUAAAUAUCCAUCUUGUAAACUAAACUGUACUUUUGUAUCCAAAUUGUAAACUACAAUUAUAUUUUUACCAUCCCCCUUCUAUAUAAAACAGAUAUCUAUCGGCUGGACCGGCUAACUUCUGGUGUACUCAUCUUAGGGAAAACUGCAGAGAUGACAAGGGUUUUAAUGGACCAGGUGGUCAAGAGAGAAGUUCAGAAAGAAUAUGUGUGCCGAGUGAUGGGCAGGUUCCCAGAGUGAGUUGCAAUAAAUGUUUUUUUUUAAAGAUGUAGCCUCUUUUUUUUUUCCAUUUGAUUGAAUUUUAAUUGAUUCAUUCAAGAUUGGAGUUAAUGUUUUUAAAAUAUUGUUUUGGUAGAUGGGGCUCUCAAUUAGGAAAUGCUGUUGUCACCUAAUUCAACCACUUAAAAAAGAGGGAAAGUUAGACUAAGGCAUUCAUGAGCCUCUAUUAUGUUUACAGUGGUACAAUCAAAGUGGACCAGCCUCUCCAACCACUGUCCAAUAAACUGAGACUACAGGUCAUCUCUCCGAAUGGUAAAGCCAGCCAGACAACCUUCACAAGGCUCAGCUACAAUGGGAGAUCCAGCGUUGUCAGAUGUAAGUACCUACACAUGAUCUAUGACAUGGUGGAGUUAGUGUCGAUAGUUGUCUGACUCUUAUUGGACUCUUAAAUAUACUGAAGGAAUUAUAGAAGUAUUUUCCAGCCAGUGGUGUUAACUGGCAAGAGAAGAUAACUUGUACAUCUGGCCAAGGAAGUUGGGUAAAUAAUUUGCAAAAGCAGGUUAUUUGGGGCAAAAUAUUUUUAAUUUUUUUUAUUAGUGUUGUUUUAUUAUCAAAGAAAUCUUAGUAAUGAUAUUCUUAUUAGUUGCAAACAAAAAACUAUUUGACCCAAUAAGGAUCAAACUCUACAAAAACUGGGUUGAAUUUUAAAACACGUGCAUUUUAAAAUUGGUCACGCUGAGAUCUGCCACUCUAUCAAAGAGUACAUUAGACUAAGCUGUUAAACAAAUUUCAUUUGAUUAUAAUUAGCAAAAUUUUAGCAUGAGAAAUUAUAUGAAUAAACAAGCAAACUCUGUUUAAUAGUUUAAUACAAGAUUCUAACAAAGGAGAUUGAGUUAUGAGUUAAUAUCCAAUAUCCAUUAUCUCGUUCUAGCAAAAAUCUGGUAAAACGGCCUUCACCCUUUACCCUGCUUUCUAUUUCAUCAACUGUUCCAGGUGUUUUUAAAUCAUAUGUUGUUGUUUUUUUUUUGUAAGGUUUGCCACAUACUGGCCGGACACAUCAGAUUCGUGUACAUCUUCAGUUUUUGGGCCAUCCAAUCAUCAAUGACGUUUUCUACAAUUGUGAGGCCUGGGGACCAAAUAAAGGAAAGAAUGGUGUCUAUGAAAUUUCUUUCGAUGAAGUAAGUGUCUAAUUGAUUGUUUUUAAAUAGUACACAGUAGAAGGCUAAUCUUUAGCCUCUUCUUUCAUCACUUGAUUUUACUAGCGAUAUUACAUUUUUAUUUAAAAAUAAGUCUUAGUAUUUCUUUAACAUUAUCUUCUCCUAAACCUUCUAAAUAUUUAUCCAUUAUAAAAUAUCAAGUAGGCCACAGUAGAACUGCAGAGGUGGCAUUUAAAAUCUUAAUUAGAUCUUAACUUGAUACAGCAGUAGUUGUUUUUUUUAUUUAACAGUUGUUUAGUCUUUCUGUUAAUCAUCACUUCCUUCCCCUCUGACCUCUCUACGCUUUUCUUUCCCAUUUCCUCGUCUGGAUUCCAAGCUGUUAUACAUCUUUUCCACAUCAUCUAAUCCAAAAAUCAUGUUCAUAUCCAGGCAUAGGUUCAUUUUCAUUAGUUAGUAUCAGUCCAGGUUUUUUUUGCUGCUUGUAAUACUUGUAUGUUAUAACAUUUCUUUCUUUACAUGGCUGGGUUGUUAGCCCUGUGCACAACCAUUCUGCUCUCUAGGUAAUUGCCUUUUUUUUUUUUUUGGAUAAGGGUCCCUAGUCUUUGUGGAUCCUUCCACUUCCUACACUACAAAGCAGUAGAUUCUGAUUUUGAUCCGCCCUGGGUAUUUUAUUUCCCAAGUGCAUGCCGUAUCCUCCACCAGAUGCUUGAUCAGUAACUGUGUAUAAGUAUUUCUGUUAAUGGUACUGGGGAUUAGUAUUUAAAAAAAAUGUUUUUAGCAGAUUUGCAGAGGCUAAAAUGAGUGAGCUUUUUUUAAAGCGUUGAUUGUAGCCAUGUACAUGUACAUAGGGAAAUAUAUAGUGAUUUCUUAUGAAAAAUGAAAUUUAAUUUUAAUUUUUUUUCGCCAGGUGUGUGAGAGAAUCAUGCAAGAACACAGCGUCACUCUAUGGGAUGGAGGAGAAAAUCCACUUUACGGAGAGAGACUACGACAAAUGGAGUCAAAGGAGCUAAAAUUUCCCAACACAUCUAGAGUACCCGACUGUUCACAUACACACAACAUAGAUGAAACAGAGGAGGAACCACAGAGGAAAUUGAGAAAGGUGGAGGCUGAGGGUGCAACUAUUCAUAAAGCUCAGGUGGAAAUGUUGACCUCCGCUGUCUCUAAAUCUGGAUCUCAAGAAGGAGUGACCCCAAUAUGUGAUCCGGUAAAACCUGACCAAGCAGAAUCUGGGUCAAACAGUCAAAGUGCCAACAUCACGAAACAUGUCGGGACACAUCGAGACAGUGAAGUCAAUACGGGUCGGCCUGGUUUUGAAAUGUCCAAAUGGUCAGUCGAUGCAUCCUGUGACCUGUGUAAGAAGAAACCAAUUGACCCCCAGGAAAAGAAUCUUGUUAUGUUUCUCCAUGCUCUCAAGUACAAGGUCAGUGAUACAAUACUCAGAUGAUCUGACUCUCUAUGACUCAGAUGAUCUGACUCUUUAUGAUUCAGAUGAUCUGACUCUUUAUGACUCAGAUGAUCUGACUCUUUAUGACUCAGAUGAUCUGACUCUUUAUGACUCAGAUGAUCUGACUUUUUAUGACUCAGAUGAUCUGACUCUUUAGGACUCAAUGAUCUGACUCUUUAUGACUCAGAUGAUCUGACUCUUUAUGACUCAGAUGACCUGACUCUUUAUGACUCAGACGAUCUGACUCUUUAUGACUCAGAUGAUCUGACUCUUUAUGACUCAGCGGAUCUGACUCUUUAUGACUCAGAUGAUCUGACUCUUUAUGACUCAGAUGAUCUGACUCUUUAUGACUCAGAUGAUCUGACUCUUUAUGACUCAGAUGAUCUGACUCUUUAUGACUCAGAUGAUCUGACUCUUUAUGACUCAGAUGAUCUGACUCUGUAUGACUCAGAUGAUCUGACUCUUUAUGAAGAAAAAAAACAAAGUACAGGCUAUUUCUCUACACAAGUGUUAGUGAAUUAUUUUUUUUUAUAUUUGUGAAGGGGACAAAUAUACUUUACCCAUUGAUAGUUCAAUAUUUAGUUUUCUAACGGGAUUUUGGGGGAAGGGGGUUGUUAAAAUGUGUUUUAUUUUUAUUAAAUCCAGUGAAGAUGCUAUUCUUGUUGCUUCUACUGGUGGCCAGCAUAUCAUAAGAUUUUACCUUAGGGCACAUAAAGCGAUUAUUGAUGUAACUAUGAACAUUUAGUACCUGACAUACAACAAAAACUAUAACUAUAAGACAGCCGUAUAGAAUUCAUAUUUAAUGAUGAGUUCUAAACUGCAACCAUAAAAGAAUUAAAUUAAAACUUCAUCUGUUUUGGAAAAAUUACUUGUACAUGGACUGUUAAAUUGAGUAUAUAUCUAAUUUAAACUUUAAAAAAAAAAAAUACAUUUUUGGAUUUUUUCCACCAAAAAUAAAAAUAAUCAGAAAGGAUAAUUUAUUUAAAUCUCAAAAUGUACAAUUACCAUUUUAAAUUUACAGUUAAAAUUUAAUUGCCACGCAUUUCAAUGAUUUUUUGUCUGUCUUCAGGGCCCAGGCUGGGCGUACGAGACACGUUUACCCGACUGGGCAAAAGAAGAUUGGAAUAGAGAAGAUGAUUACAUAAUAGGAACAAACUCUCCAUUGACUUGAGAUCUCAUUGAUUAGCAUUUAUCUCGUAUUGUGUAAUGUCAAUGUGAUGCAACAGUGUAAAGUUGUUUGUGAUAUGUCGUAAGAUUUUACAUUAAAAAUGAACUGCUAAAUGAC